CGGCCCAACGGACCCCUGAUCCGCGCCCUGAUCGGGGGCGCCCAACCACAAUAUGGUUGACGGGCCCCUGUCACGCAGCGCUACAUAAAGAGGAGGGGGCCGGCGGCACGCAGUACGAGGUUCACCGCGUUGCCAGGCUCCCCACCGAAAACCCCGACCCAAUCUAGGUCUAGCGCUGACAGUGACGGGAAGCUCCGCCGCCACCAUCUCAGUCCACAUCGCCGCCGUCUCCACACCACCAUGGCCGGCGCUGGAUCGAGUUCAUCCGCACCAGGAGAAGGCUUUCACUUGAUGAGUUGCCUAAAAGAAGUUCUGACACUCAGAGGUGACAACCACACUGAGUGGAUGAAGAAAGUUGAACUGGCGUUUAUUUGUGCUGAUCUUGACUGGGUUGUGGUGAAACCACAGCCGGUCAGACCCACAGAGCCAGUAAGAGAGGCCACUGAUGAUGAUGCUGCAUGGGCUAAAAAGAAGGGGGACUAUGCUCCUUUGGAGCAGUCCUACCUCAUAGAUAACCAAAAGUGGGUCAAUGCAAACAAAAAAUGCAUGGCUUUUAUAAAGAAUACAAUUGAGAGCGCCAUUGUGGGCUUCAUUCCAGAGUGCACUUCCGCAAGGGAGUUGCUCACAAAGAUAAAGAGCCAGUUCACUGGCUCUUCAAAGAUCUAUGCCACCCAGGUGUUAGAGCAACUGGUGACAGAACGCUACACAGGUGAUAGUCGUGGAAUAAGAGAGCACAUCCUCAGGAUGAGUAAUAUGGCAGCAAAGCUCAAGCCCAUGGAUGCGGAUCUGGAGAUCAAACCAGCGCUCCUGGUCCACCUGGUCAUGGCUUCACUGCCACAGGAGUUUGCAACUUUUGUUGUAAACUAUAAUAUGUCACCUGGAACAUGGGACAUUGAAAAGACAAUAGCAAUGUGUGUCCAAGAAGAGGACAGACUCAAAGCCGCACAUGGUGGUUCAAUCAACUAUGUGAAGGAUUGGAAGAAAAAGAACUACAAUCAAAACAACAAAAGUUCUCCUUCAAAGAAUGGAAAAGCCCCCUAUCAGCAUCAGCAUCAGCAACAACCUUUCUCAGUGGACAAAGACACGUGUCUCCACUGCAAGCAGAAAUGGCAUUACAAGAAAGACUGCGCUGCUUGGCUGAAGUCAGUCAUGGCAAAAAGAGUGGACUUGCUGCUCGGGGAGAAGUGGAACUUCGGGCGGCCGGGAAUGAGGACAGAACGACGCAAGGUGAGUGGCCAUGGCGACCUGCUGUUGCAUGCGUUGGCCUCCUACAGCGGCGUCAUGCAGGGACGCAGGCCUUUCGGUGGCGCACAGGAUGAGCCAGCCGACCACAGGGGCGGCGCAUCGGAGGAGCCAGCCGUCACGGCGACCGGAUCUGCAGGCGGCGGUGGAGCGGUGGCCGGAUCCCGAGCCAGGGUUGGCGCAGUGGCCAGAUCCCUGGGUGGGGGCGGUGCAACGGCGAGAUCCCUGGGCGGGGGCGGUGCGGCUGCCGGUUCUCGGGGCGGGGGUGGCGCAGCGACCAGAGCUCCUGCCAGAUGUGGAAGGUUGCGGCUUGCAGGGGAGUCGGGAGCAGAGGUUGAAGGUCCAGGUGGAGGCAGGGUGCGGUGGCGGCGGCGGGAAGGCAGGGCGCGGCGGCAGGUGGACUCUGGGCGUGGCUGCGGCGGGUGGGAGGCCGGCCGCGGCGGCAGGAUGAAGGCCGGUCACGACAUGUUUUUUAUUGUGGUCGAGGCAGGGAGAGAAGGUCGUGGAUUUUGUUAUGGGCCGUUCAGGAGGUGGGUUGCUAUGAUUUUCUUUGUUCAGGAUCUCGGGAACACCUCGCGGCCUUAUAUAGAGCAGCUGUGA